CACGCGGUGUGUCGGUCAGCUGACUGCCGGUCUGUUUCCGGUGUCUCCGUGUUGUUGACUGUGAUCUCUCUCUACUCUCCGCCUGUGUGUAGCGGAGCACCAUGAACGCCUCGGACAGUGACGAGGACUCCUAUAACGAGAGGACGGCGUUGGUCCCAGCGGAGGCUCCAGCACUUCCCUCCUACACCCCCGCCCCGGACCCCGACCCCCCCAACCAGACCACAGCCAAACGGCCUGCAGCGAGCAGGCAGGCGGGUCCGGUUGCUGGGGACAGUGGCAGUGGUGGCCAUGGCGACAGCGCUGGCAGCAGCGGCCGGGGCUCGGAUCAGGACGCGGAUGCAGACGAGGAGGAGCUGACGCUGAAGUACGGAGCCAAGCACGUGAUCAUGCUGUUCAUCCCCGUCACUCUGUGCAUGGUCGUGGUCGUCGCCACCAUCAAGUCAGUCAGCUUCUACAGCGAGAAGACGGACCAGCAGCUGAUCUACACACCGUUCACGGAGAACACGGCGUCCGUGGGCCGGCGGCUGCUGAACUCGGUCCUCAACACCAUCAUCAUGAUCAGCGUCAUCGUGGUGAUGACCGUCUUCUUGGUGGUCCUCUACAAGUACCGCUGCUACAAGUUCAUCCACGGCUGGCUCAUCCUGUCCUCCCUCAUGCUGCUCUUCUGGUUCAGCUUCAUGUACCUCGGCGAGGUGUUUAAGACGUACAACGUGGCGGUGGACUACCCGACGGUUGCCGUGGUGAUCUGGAACUUCGGGGGGGUGGGGAUGAUCUGCAUCCACUGGAAGGGGCCGCUGGCCCUGCAGCAGGCCUACCUCAUCCUCAUCAGCGCCCUCAUGGCCCUCGUCUUCAUCAAGUACCUCCCCGAGUGGUCGGCCUGGGUCAUCCUGGGAGCCAUCUCCGUCUACGACCUGGUGGCCGUCCUGUCCCCUAAAGGUCCUCUCCGGAUGUUGGUGGAGACGGCACAGGAACGCAACGAGCCCAUCUUCCCCGCCCUCAUCUACUCCUCGGCCAUGAUGUGGACGGUGGGGAUGGCGAGCCCAGCGGACGCUCAGCGCUCCGGACACGAAACAGACGAGGAGGCGGAGCAGAGCGGCAGGGGGGCGGAGCCUGAGAGCCGACAGCCCCGGCCAUUUACAGACAGCGAGCUGGAGGAAGACCGGGGGGUGAAGCUCGGCCUCGGGGAUUUCAUCUUCUACAGCGUUCUGGUCGGAAAAGCUGCAGCGACCGGCGGAGACUGGAACACCACGCUCGCCUGCUUCGUCGCCAUUCUUAUCGGUCUGUGCCUGACGCUGCUGCUGCUCGCCAUCUUUAAGAAGGCUCUGCCAGCGCUGCCCAUCUCCAUCACCUUCGGCCUGGUCUUCUACUUCUCCACUGACUUCCUGGUUCAGCCCUUCAUGGACAACCUGGCUGCCAACCAGUUCUACAUCUGAGAGCAAGGCCCACCCCCUCCCAUCUGAGAGCAAGCUCUACUCCCUCCCAACUGAGAGCAAGCCCCACAUCCUUGCCAUCUGAGAGCAAGGCCUGACCCCUCCCAUCUGAGAGCAAGCCCCACAUCCUCGCCAUCUGAGAGCAA